AUGCAGGAGAUACCAUUCUUCCUCAGAGUUGGACACCUUCUCACUUACUCAGCGUCAGAUUCCAACACAACUGACUUCAUCAAUCCCUCCAUCUUCAUCCUGCUGGGAAUUCCUGGCCUAGAGAGAGCCCAUGUCUGGAUCUCCAUCCCUUUCUGCAUUAUGUACGCCAUAGCUGUCUUGGGAAACUUCAUCAUCCUGUUCAUUGUGAAGAUGGAACCAAACCUCCAUGGGCCCAUGUACUAUUUCCUCUGUUUGCUGGCCAUCAGCAACCUGGUCCUGUCCACAUCAAUUCUACCCAAAAUGCUGGCAAUCUUUUGGUUCAAUUCCAGGGAGAUCGAUUUCAGUGCCUGCCUCACUCAGAUGUACUUCAUUUGCUGCUUCUUAGUGAUGGAGUCUGGGCUCCUCGUGGCCAUGGCUUUUGAUCACUACGUAGCCAUCUGUGAUCCUCUGAGACAUUCUACCACCAUGACCAACCCCAUGGUGGCCAAGAUUUGUCUGGCCGUGGUGCUGCGCGGUGACAUUAUACUUCCUCAUCCUUUCCUGGCGAGGCGUUGGCCAUAUUGCAGAACCAACAUCAUCUCCCACUUGUACUGUGAGCAUAUGGCUGUUGUGAAACUGGCCUGUGCCAACAUCCGUGUCAGUAGUUGCUACAGCCUCUCUGUGGCAUUCUUGAUGACUGGUCUGGAUUUGUUUUUUAUCACUGUGUCCUACACCCAGAUCCUCAGGGACAUCUUCAGUCUCCCCACAAAGGAUGCCCGAGUCAAGACUUUUGUGACCUGUGGCUCCCACAUCUUUGUCACCUUAGCCUCUUACAUCCCAGCUUUCUUCUCCUUCCUCACGCAAUGGUUUGGCCACAAUGUUGCCCUGCAUUUCCACAUUCUCAUUGCCAACGUGUACCUUGUGGUUCCCCCCAUGGUACACCCCAUCAUCUACGGGGUGAGGACCAAAGAAAUCUGGGACAGGCUGCUCCAGCUAUUGACUCACAAAGGGACCUAA